AUGCCUGUCCAAGGGAUCCGGACGGUGACGACCGCCAGAAACGGUGUCGGAGCGUUUAUCCUACAAUGCAAGCAGUUGGACUUCCACUACUGCGACUGGGCUGGUAGCUCUCGCGGCAUGGUUUCCUUCCUCAAGCACCACCUCCCCUCUUUCGCCAAAGCCAACCCCCAGAUCGAGAUCCGAGUAUCGCCCCGGCCACACAAGCACCCCGUCAUCAAGGGCCACUAUAUCAACGGCCGAGAGAAGGCGAUCUGUGUACGCAACCUCGAGCCCGAGCAGAUUUUCAACAAGGCGAAUCUGCUGAAGGCGGCCAGCGGCGAGAAGACGAAGCGCACCAAGAAGCCCAUUACGAGUCUUAACGAGAGUGUCAGAGGUAUCUGGGACCCUUUCCACGGUGGCCUCAAGUCGGUGUAA